AUGGCUGAGGAGGAAGAAAAAACGGCAAGAUUGAUAGAAUUAAUUGGGGAGGAACAGGAGAAGGGAAAGGGGGAGAGAAGAGGAAGUACAGGUAGUAUAGAUUCAAAGAGAAAGAGAGGGGAAACAGAAGGCCGGGAAUCCGAAAAAUGGGCCUUUAACAGGAGUAAGAAGGUGCAGAGAUCGCCGAAGAAAAUAGAUGAUAAGGAAACCUCAGGGGAUGAAAGAAGCUGGAUAGAGGAGAUAAAAAAGGAAGUAAAAACCGAGAUGAGAGAAGGAAUAAAUGAGAUGCUGGAGAUAAUGAGGGAGCAAAAGAGAGAGAUAAGACAAGAGAUGGAAGAUUUUAAAAGAACCAUGGAAGAGAGAGAAGAAAAAUGGAUGAAAGAGAGAGAGAAGAUGGAGAAGAGAAUAAUGGAAAUGGAGAAGACGAUAACGGAAAUGAAAGAGAAGGGAAUAGGGAAAGAAGAAGACGCAGGGGAGAAGGGAUUAGAGAGAAAACUAAAAGAAAUAGAUAAGAAAUUAGAGAUGAGAGAGAGAGAAGAAAGAAGAAGAAACAUAGUUAUAAGAGAAACGAAAGGAAAGAGGAACGACAUAGAAAGAGAGGUGAAAGAAAUUUUAAUGGGGAUUGGAAUAGAAACGGAAGUGAGUUGCAAAAAGGUCAUAGAGGACAACAGAGAGGGAGGUAUAAAGAUGGCAAUAAUAAGCCUGCAGGGACUGGAACAAAAAAGAAAGGUCAUGAUGGAGAGAAGAAGACUAAAAGAGAAAGGGAUAGGAAUAGAUGAUGACCUGACAUGGAAGGAGAGAAAGAAGAGAUGGAAUAUAGAAGACAUUGCAAGGCAGGAGAGAGGAAAUGGCAAGAGAGUAAAGGUAGGAUAUGGAAAGAUGCAAGUAGAAGGAAAAUGGUGGAAAUGGGAAGAGGAUGAAGAGAUAUUAAGAGAUAACGAAGGAAAUGUGUGGAAGGAAAAAGGGGAAAACUAAGAGAGGAGGAAGAUGGAGGUAAUAUGGAAGAGGGAG